AUGUGUGCCGCACUGUGUGCCUCUGCGGCUGCCGGCGGUUCUCCGGCCUCAGCGGCAUCGGGAGAAGAGGUUGACGACCAGCUGAGCACGUUCACCGAGCAGAGCCACAGUGCCGUCGGUGGAGUCGGCGAAGCCAGUGGAGAGCAGAGCCACAGUGCCGUCGGUGGAGUCGGCGAAGCCAGUGGAGAGAAGAGUCACAGUGCCGCUGUCGGUGGAGUCGGCGCAGCUAGCGGAGCCUUGUCCGACUUCCGUCGUUCUCGCAAGGCUAAACGACGCCUAGAAGACGUUGAAGGUCAGAAUGCAGAAGAAGAAGAAGCCGAUGAUGAGGCGGAAGAUAAUGAGGAGGGGGAUGAGGCUGACGAGGUGGUAACGGACACACCGAUGCAGGAAACUGCCGCCGAGGGGGUGAAGAUUGUAGAAACGAAGAAGGAGAAGCGGCGAAAGCGGCGGGAAGCAAAGGAAGCCGAAGCCAAGGCUAAAGCAGAAGCUGCGAAGAAGCGUGCUCGAGAAGGUUUUGGUGAAGGUGAUGGAGACUGGAUGGAAAGCGAUCCUGACAGGAGCGAGCAGUCCAGCGAAGAGCAGAUGGAGUCCUACUUUGACUUGGUCAAGCGGUUCACCACCAAGAAAACUCUGCCAACAGUGGACCAUGACAAGAUUGACUACAAACCUUUUCGGAAGAACUUGUACGUACAGGUUAAAGAAAUCACCAACAUGAAAGAUCACGAGGUUGCAGACCUCCGCAGAACACAUGGUGACAUCACAGUCAGGGGGAAGCGGUGUCCGCAUCCCGUCACAAGCUUCUUGCAGUGUGGGCUACCAAACAAGAUCAUGAAGAUCAUGGAGAAAAGAGAUUUCGAAAAACCUUUCCCGAUUCAAAUGCAGGCAAUCCCAGCAUUGAUGUGUGGCAGGGACGUCAUAGGUGUGGCCCAAACAGGUUCUGGCAAGACCCUCGCGUACUUGCUCCCGCUGAUCAGGCACAUCUUGGACCAGCCGAAGCUGGGAAAUGGCGAUGGCCCAGUCGGAUUUGUGGUUGCGCCUACGCGUGAACUUGCAUUGCAAAUCCAGCGAGAAGCGAACACUUUCUGCAAGGCUGUGCACCUGAUCAGUGUUUGUGCGUAUGGUGGCGGGCCGAUGGGUGAGCAGCUCUCUGCUUUGAAAAAAGGAGCUGAGCUUCUUGUCGGCACCCCGGGGCGCCUCAUCGACGUUCUCACAACUUCCGGUGGGAAGAUCACGAACCUGAGGCGGGUUACCUUUUUGGUAUUGGACGAGGCCGACCGUAUGUUCGACAUGGGGUUCGAGCCGCAAAUUGGCAUGUUCUUGCAGAGCACACGUCCUGACAAACAGGUUGCCAUGUUUAGCGCAACUUUGCCGGCGCACGUGGAAGCAUUGGCCAGGAAGGUCUUGAAGAAGCCUUUAGAGAUUUCGGUUGGAGAGAAAAAUACCGCUGCUUCCAACGUGACGCAGUUUGUUGAGGUUCUUGAUGAAAGCCAGAAGUUCUAUCGGCUGCUCCAGCUUUUGGGAGAGUGGCAUGAGCACGGUGCAAUCAUGAUCUUCGUGCAUCAGCAGAAGGAUGUCGACGAGAUGUUCACGGAGCUCCUCAAGUACGGAUAUCCUCCACUUGCGCUGCACGGUGGCCAGGACCAGCAAGACCGCGACUUCACACUGCAAGACUUUAAAGAUGGCAUAUCGAAUAUCCUCAUCGCAACAUCGGUUGCCGCGAGAGGCAUUGAUGUCAAGAACGUCAUCUUGGUUGUCAACUUCAAGGUCCCUGACCACUUAGAAGACUACAUUCACCGCAUUGGCCGCACUGGCCGUGCUGGAAAGGCUGGCUUUGCGUACACCUUCAUUCAACCCGACGAAGCCGACCGAGCUCAGGACCUGGUGGAUGCCCUGCGACAGUGCAACCAAGAAGUUCCUCACAAGCUGAAGGCGCUGUCCGAGGAGCACCAGACUGCAGUGAACACUGGCCAGGCACAGAAGCGAAAGCGCUGGGGUGGCUUUGGCGGCAAAAGCUUCAAGUACGAUAACACGGAGAAGAGCAGGCAGCAACAAGAGCGCCAACAAGCAAAGAGUGAUCUCUUGAUCGGGGACUUCGAGGAGGAGGAGGAGUUCAAAGAUCCAUGGAUGGAGCCAGACAAGCCAGCCAAGGGCAGAGGCAAGCAGCGGGAUGACAAUGGGUCCGCCAAAGCGACGGGCACCGACACAGUGGCAGCAGCAGCCAAUGUAGCUGCCAAGAUGCAAGCCGCCGCGGCCAAACAGAAUGGAGCAAACGAGGACGCCUCAGCGCAUGGCGCCACAGGAGUUCCGCAACCUGCCUCCUUACAAUCCAAGGUGAUGCCCAAAAAGUCAGAAAAAGAGAUACAGGAGCAGGCUCGUCAAAUGGCGCAAGACACGCUGAAAAGCCUUCCAGAAGAGGUGCAGGAGAAGCAACUGCCAGCAUUGAUCGAGAAGCUUGUCAACAAGCUCAGAAAAGCCGAACAGGCAAAGCUGGAUGAAGCUGCGGCCAAAGUUCCAGCCCCGCCACCUGAAGAAGAAGCAGAAGUGAAAGAGCCGGAACCCGCGCCAUCGCCUGCGAUGAAGGCCAUUCCCUUGGUUCCUGGAGUCCUGGGACAAGGCUUGGUGCCGGCCAAGGCAACCAUGGUCACCAGUGCCAUCGAGUCGCUUCAGGCGCAAGCCGCUAAACCAGGUGCAGGAACUGCGCACCUUGCCGAGGAAAAGGCUGCCAAGAUGCUUGGCGCCAAGGAUAUUCCGGCUGGAAUGUGCAGUGAUGAGCUCGAGAUCAAUGACUACCCGCAGAUUGCGCGACAGAAGAUCACGCAUCGGGACCCGCUUGUCGCCAUUGAAGAGAUGACUGGUGCAAAAGUACAGGUCAAGGGCCAGCACUUCACUUCUGGAGCACGGAUGCCCGAAGGUGCCAAAAAGCUGUACGUUGAGAUUCUAGGUCCAACACAGGUCUCUGUGGCCAAAGCCAAGCAUGAGGUGUACAAAAUGAUGGAGGCUCUCGCGAUCAGAACGCUCAACAUUCCUGGCCUGUCACGUGCAGUGAUGGGCACGCCAGGAAGGUACGACCCGGCUGUCGGCAAGUAG